AAGCACGAAUUUUGGAAAAAAUUUUGUCUUUUGCCAUUUUGAAUAAAAUCCGUUUCACUUUUCUUCCUUAAUCUUUCAUUAUUUUGAACAUCGGUCCUUGUUAUCUAGUUUCCCUAUUUAUCAGUAUUGUUCAGAACCGGUGCGAACAGCAGAGCACCCCCCAUGGAACCCCUUUCAGAACACAUUUCUCUGCAACCACGUAUUCACCAUAGAUUAACCAUGAAGAGGAAAAAAAGUCCUUUGCAGAACCGUAGAGGGGGUACCUCUUCAGACAGUAAUGAUUCUGCAAAGCUGAGUGCUCCUCAUCACGGAUAUGUUACCACAUCCAGUCCUUCUGUUCUUCAUCCUCCAUCAUUUCAUAUUAAUGUUUCUCCUGCAUCUUUGUCUGGAUCUUCACAAGCUGUGAAUACAACUACUGAUGAUUGGGGCACCACUGAUGAGACAGGUGAACCUGAAGCUGCUGGAUUGAGUGGUAGUUUACCAUCUUUAGGCAGUAAUGAAGGUCUGCACUUUUCUGAUGAGUGUGAUUUCAAUUCAUCCCACCCUCCUGACCUAUCGAAAACUAAGGCAGCAAUCGAGCACAUUCAGCAGAAAAUAUAUCGAACAAAGGAACUCAUAAAAGCAGAGCAAACUGCCAGAGAUGAAAAUGUGAAUGAAUAUUUAAAACUUGCAACUAAUGCAGACAAACAACAACUUCAGAGAAUCAAAAAUGUGUUUGAAAAGAAAAACCAAAAAUCAGCUCAGCUUAUAACACAGUUGCAAAAGAAACUGGAAAACUAUAACAAGAGAAUACGAGAUUUGGAAACUCAUGGUUUACCUCGAGGUGUUCUAAGAGAUAUGGGACAAGGAUUAAAGGAUGUUGGAGCCAAUAUCAAAGGUGGCAUUUCUGGAUUAUCUGGAGGAGUUGUUGGCAGCUUGAAAGGAGGGCGUUUAGGUCGUGCCUCAAUCGCCCAUACAGCUGCAGAAAGUGUCAUGUCAAAGCCUAGAGAAUUUGCACAUCUUAUAAAAAAUAAGUUUGGCAGUGCAGAUAAUAUAAACACAGUGCAUCAGAAAUCUGAUGAAUGUCCAGAUGAUCGAGAAAUAAAUAUCCACAGCAGUGCUCUUUCUACUCACAGCACCAGGUAUACAUCUGAUGAAGAAAAUUCUAGUGUAACUUCAGAAUCAGGUCAAAAUCAAAAUGCCAAAGACGGAGAGGUUCAUCAAGUUCAUUCCACUGUUCCCAGUCCCCAUCAUCAUCCACAUCACCAACCUCAACCCCACCCCCCAUUACAAAACAUGCCUUCUGGUUCGGAAUCACUCACUAUACAGUCUGUCGGACAUGCAUCAUUAGAUUUGGAACCAAUUCUUCAUGAAUUGCGCUCUCAGCGAGAUGAAUAUCAACAUCUUGUGGAGGAAAUAGAAUCCGUGAAAGGUCAAAUUCAGCAAGAGUCUACUUAUUUUUCUCAAGCUUUGCAGGAAGAACGCUAUCGAUAUGAGCGUUUGGAGGAGCAAAUGAACGAUUUGAUAGAGUUGCAUCAAAAUGAAAUUGAAAAUUUAAAACAGGGAAUUGCUGAUAUGGAGGAAAAAGUGCAAUAUCAAAGUGAAGAAAGGUUGAGAGAUGUACAUGAUCUCCUGGAUAACUGCCAGACUCGUAUAUCUCGUAUGGAACAUCAACAGCAUCAGCAUCUUCAACAGUUGGUGUCAUUAGAUGCUGUCGAAAACUCCCAAGCGCGAGCACUCUUACUCAAGCUAAUCAAUGUUGCACUAACUAUGCUUCAAGUAGUUCUGCUAUUGGUCGCAACUCUAUCAAAUAUAAUGAUGCCUUUCUUAAGAACUAGGGUUCGAACACUGACAACAUUGUUACUCAUCUUUAUAAUUAUUAUAUUGUGUCAUCAAUAUCCAGAAUUGAUUGAACUGUGUCACUCAAAAGCUUCUAAAAUCUUACCUUCUAUAACGAAGUAGAUUCACACAAUAUAUUUAUAAUUUUUAAACAAAACGAUUGCUAACCAUUAAUGGUUUUUAGUGAGAAUGUGAAUAAGUACGAUAAUUGUAUUUUGUAGUAAGUAUUUGUUUUUAUGUAUAAAGUGUAAAAAAAUAGAAAAAGAAAAAUGAAAGCUGAGUGUGAUCUUAACUGUUAACAAUUUCUGCUUUUUAAGUAUUUUUCUUCUUGUUUUUUAAAAUAUAUUCUAUUUAUUUUCUUUCAUUUGUUGAUUUCUUAUCUGUUUUACUCGAUAAGCUUCCAUAUGGUUAUAAAGUGCUAGAUAUUUAUUUCAUUGUUAGUAUUAGUUAAAAUGUUAAGUGUGUUUGAUUGUUAUGAGUGUAAGAAAUAUCAUUAUUUCAAUAAUUAUUGAAUUAGUUUCUGAGUAAAACUUUUAUUUUUGUGAUAUGCUUGUAUUUGGUAUGUCGUUAUUAAGUACCAUAUGUGCCAUUUGAAUUGGAAUUAUAAAGCUCUUUUAUUGUAAUAGCUUUAUAAGUAUUAUAUUAUUAACGAAUGUUUUUUUAAUUGUUAUUACUCUUCAACUGUGAAUAAGUAUUUCAUAUUUGUUUGGGAAUUUUAUGAAAGGACCAAGUAAAUCUUAAGUUUUCAGAGCAUAUGUUAGCAAGAAAUUGUUUAAGGAUAUAAAGCUGUUGUAAGUGUAGAGCAAACAGAGCUCAGCACUUCACUUUUCUAGGACUCUAAAGGAACCUGAGCCAGUGAUUUUUCAAGUAAAUACUUAUUCUUAAAAUAAUAAAAAAAUUUUUUAAACACUUUUGUUACUAAAAAUUCAAAAACUUUGCUUUCUACUUCAAUCGUGUGGAAAAGUUUUAGUGAAAUGAUGAAAGAUGUCGGCUCCACAUUUUUACUAAUGGAAAUCAAAAUCAUAGAAUUUAGAAAACAAGGUAUGUUUAAACAUUUUUUGAUAAUUCCUGAUUUUGAAAUCGUAAAUAAAAAAUUUCUCUCAUUAAAGGCCCAGUUCUGGAUUAAGUAAAACUUUACUAAUUUGAAAAUAAUAUAAAGAUAAUCAAUUAAUCACUUUCAAUAAGUUUUGCAAAAAUCUAUGAAGAUCUUUUUUAAUCUAUUUUUUAAUUGUCCCGUAUAUAACAUUUAAAAAAUUCUUAAUUUUGGCCAGGACCACGUGUAAUCUACCAAUGACUCAGUUAGGAAGAAAAUAUUCCUUUCCUCAAAUAUUCAGUUUCUUCCAUUUUUCUUUACAUGUCUGAAAUUGUUAAUUGCAGGACUGAUAUUUGGAUAUGAUUCUGUUACAUAACAAAGUACAUAAACAUAGGUGAUAUUCCACUAGCUAAAGAAAAACUGUAUAGCACUUCACAUGACUUUCUAUGAAUGAUUUUAAUUUUUUCAUAAAAGUUUUAAAACUUUAUGUUAAAUAAAUUCUAUUUCUUUGAUAACUUGUCUUUUAAAGUUAUUUGAGAAAAAAAGUGUUUUUAUUAAAUUUUUAGAAUUAUUUACACUAAAAUCUGUCCAAUUCUUUUAACUGACUCCUUCUGCAAAUUUUAAAACUAUUCAAAGCAUGUGUGUUUAAAAAUUUUAAUAAAUAAGCAGUUAAUUCUGAAUGUCAUGUUUCAAGAAAUGUUUUAACUUCUUUGAGACAUUUUUUAUUUAAAAAGUUAGCUUGUUUUUUAUGUCUGUAAAAUCUAGUUUAUUUCAGGAAAUGCUUUUUUGAUUUCCAAAAAGUAUUAUGAACUUUAGAUUAGCAUAUAAAAUUUAUUUCUUUUGUAGUUUACUAUUUAAGUUAUGUUUUUAAAAUAUCUAAAACAAGUUUUUUUUUUCAUUCAAAAAUGUAUUUAGAAAUUUACUCUGAAUCAAACCAAUGCUUUUUAAUUACUUAUUUCCACAAACUCUUUAUAAGCAUGCUAUUUGGGUAUUGUUUUAAAAUUUUGAAAAAAAGGGAACUGAAACUAAUGUCAUGAAUUGAUGAAAUUUCACAACUACUUUGCAAAGUUUAUUUUAUUUUUAUUUACUGAAUAUUACUGUAUGGAAAAUAUUUAUUUAAUAGCUUUUGUGCAAACCUAUUAAAACAUUUAAAGUAAUAAAAAUUAAUUAGACAUAUGAAUGUAGUUUUAAGAUUCACCAUACAAAUACAUUUAUUAUAUAUUAAGUCUUCUUUUCGAAUCUUUAAUUCUUACUAUUUACAUAAAUUUUAUUUUAUAAUUAAAUAUCUUUUAUUUUCUUACAAGUAAAUAAAAUAUUAUUUUAAAUAACUCCUUGGAUUUUAUAUUUAUCAGAUCAAUGUGGGUUCCAUAGUGCCCUCGUAACCUUUUAACUUUUUUGUUUCUUAUUUUGAGUUUGUGAUGUUGUAAGUUUUAUACCUUGUGCUAGCUACAUCAAGCUCUUGUGUCAUUAAGCUCUAUGUUUAAUCCAAUCAAUUUGUAAUGGUCUUUUACAUCUGCAUGUAGUAAAAUUAUUUCCACUAUUUUUCUAUGUAUAUAUAUAUAUAGAUAUAUUUAAAGCUGUAUCUGCAAUAAUGUAGAAAUUUCAUCCCCCCCCCCUUUAAAUUUGUAUUUUAUAUUUUUCAUUUAAAAUUAACUUGUUCCAAGUCCUUAUUUAAAGUUUAUUCUUUAAUAUUUUAAAUGUUAUGAUGUUCAAAACAUUUCUUAAAACUAUUAAGAAACAAACUUCUCUAAAUCAUUCUUUUUAUUUAAUAUGUAUUUGAAUUGCUUUGUUUCAUUCGUCAUAUUGAUAAUUUAAUUUAAAAAUAAUGAUGAUAAAGCCUGGAAUUGCAUUUACUAAAUGCUUGGGAGCUUGUGAUUAAAAGAGUUUCUUUUUAAGAAUAAUUAAAUUAUAUUUAGAUAUGUCUAGUCAGUAUUUCUAGCCAGUGUGCCUUUUAUGUAACUAAUAAAUAAUCUAAAUUAGAUCCUAAUUAAUUUGUUAACUAAGACAUAACUGGAAAGGUUUGGAUAUUGCGUGAAACAAAUGUUUUUGUAACAAUAAUUAGCUAUCAGUGUACUUGGGAAUGAUCCUACCCAACUGUUUUUUACUAUCUAGAAGAUAUCUAAAUAUAUAAGUAUUAAUUCAAAUUUUCAAUUGAGGAAUGAAAUAUAUCAGCUCAUUACUGUUAAAAUUGAUAGUGUUAAAUUACUAAUAGUAAAGAAAUAACAGCAUGAGUUUUUAUUUAUUUUAAUAUUAAAUUCCAAUCACAUUAUAGAAGUUUCAUUUAUAAUUCACUCUAAUUGUUACUAGUAUAUAAAUUUUAGAACUUUUUAAAAGUCAUAUAAAUGCCUUAGGAUUUUUCUUUUAUGUUUAUUAUAACAAUUUAUUCCAAUAUCUAAUGUUUGAAUAAAAACUUCACCUUCACUAGUUUUAUUAGAAUUAGUAAUAAUAUGGUUUGAAUAAAAAAUACAUGGAAUAUUCCUCUUAAAUUAGAUUAGAGAUCUAACUUUUUAGAGAUUAUAUUUAUCAGUUAGGGUUUAAUUUUGUUCACAUUAUGAUAUAUGGCAAAAUACUCUCAUUAAUCUCUGUCUCAUUUAUAAAACACUAUUAAGCCAAAUUGACUUGUUAUUGCUAUAAUUUAAAAAAAUAUUUAUUUUAAAUAUUAAAAAAAUAUUUAUAAUAAAAAAUAUUAUUAUUUUAAAUAAGUCAAAAGUAGAAUUUUUUUUAAGUUCAAUUAUUCAUUUCUUUAAAGUUAAUUGCAUGGUUUGCCCGAAAAGUAAUGUCUCUGAGUCAAUUAAAAUGCACGAUCUGAUUGGUAAAGGGGCAUUGAAAAGUCUAAAAUUAACUUUCUUCUGAAGCUGUGAAUUGCUUUCAGUGCAAGAAUAAUAUUUUUCAAGGGUUAGAACAAGAAGUCUGUGCUUGUUAAUGGCCUUUUAUGGUGAUGGCCUUUUAUGGAAUUUUCUUCUGCUGCUAUAAAUUGCUUUCAGCUCAGGAAUAAUAUUUUUCAUGGGAUUUUUCAAGGGCUAGAACAAAAAGUCUGUGGUUGUUGAUGGGCCUUUUAUGGAAUUUUCUUCUGCUGCUAUGAAUUGCUUUCAGCACAAGACUGACAUUCUUCAUGGGAUAUUUCAAGAGUUAGAACAAGAAGUCUGUGGUUGUUGGUGGGCCUUUUAUGGAAUUUUCUUCUGCUGCUAUGAAUUGCUUUCAUCGCAAGACUGACAUUCUUCAUGGGAUAUUUCAAGAGUUAGAACAAGAAGUCUGUGGUUGUUGGUGGGCCUUUUAUGGAAUUUUCUUCUGCAGCUAUGAAUUGCUUUCAGUGCAAGAAUAAUAUUUUUUAAGGGUUAGAACAAGAAGUCUGAGAUUUUUGAUGUCAUUUUAUGGUGAUCUUCAUCCCUGCCCUUUUCAUGGGCUUCAGAAAAUGCCUUAUGCUUUAACAGACUAGGCAUUUCGAUAAAUGAUCAAGGCUGUCUGUAUAAUAGAAAAAGUUCAAACUGCAAACUUGCCACCCUUCAAAUUUGAUGUAUGAAGGUUUCAACUAGAAACAAAAAAUGAGUUUCACGAAAGUGCUUAUUCUUAUUUCCCAAAUUGUCAGUGGAGAUGACUGGCUCCUUUAUCAAUUACAACUGGUUUGAGUACUAUAAUAGGGGUAAGUUUCACAGAAAAAUCAAUGACAUUACUUUUUGGGUGUGCCAUAUGUGCUUAUAUUUAGUUUGAAGGUUCUUACAUUAUUGCCUUAGAAAUUUAUUUAUGUUAAAAAUAAAUCAUGUAGUUUAUAGGAUGGAUCUCUUAACAUUUUAUGUUAACACACUUGUUUCUGCUUAAUGAAUGUAGAUUUAUGUUUUUGAACAUUUUAUAUGUUAACAUUUACUUGCUAGGCAAAUUUUUAAAAUUUUUAAAUUUCAUGAAAAUAGUUUUUAAGUAUAAUUUAGAAAAAUUAAAUCAAUAAUAAUUCCAAUAUGUCAUACAAAAAAUCAAAACAGUUGAGAAGCAUUAAUACAGUAUUAAUACAAAGUUUAGCAUUGAUAGAUACCUGCUGAUUGUAUUUUGUUAUCAAUUACUCAGAAGAAGCUUACAUAAUUGAGUUUAAAAAAUGUAAGGAAGAUGUUUGUGAUAUAUUUUCAGACUAAGAAUUGAAAAGAAAAAUUUAAAUCUAUAGGUUAUUAAUAAUGAUCAUUUUGAAAAAAUGGAGCAUGUGCUACUCUCAGUACUUAUAAACUAUCCUUCGAAAUUUUAAAACUAGCAAUAUCGUAAAAUUGAAUACGCAUUUAUGUUAUUAUGUGUGGAAGAAAAAAAAAUUGUUAUUCUACUGUAUUUAACCCCUCCCUUUCUGUUGCAAGUGAAACUCAGAACAUUAUGGGUACUAAACUAGAAACGUUUAAUUUGGUUAUACUAAUGAUCUUUAGAUAUUUUGUUAAAAUUCACUUUGAAAAUAGGGAAAAUUUUAUGUUGAAUUUAUAACCCUUCUUUGUUGGAAAAACUUUUUAGAAUUUUAUAUAUAUUUAGAGUAUUUUGCUAAAGAUAGUUUAUUACUCAAAUUAUUCAAAUGCAAAAUAAUUUUGACUGUUUUUGGUAAUUUUUCUUUGGAAAAUUAUUCAACGAUAUUUAUUUUACCCUUACUAAAUGUAGUCCAUUCAAAAGGAGCAUUGAAAAUUUCAAUGCCAUAAAUUAAAUUUACACGUUGUUUAUAUAAUAUUACAUUAUUUGUUUAUGUUCCUUACCAGAGUAUUGUGAUAGCUUUAAAAUUAACCUUUAUCCAGUGCAUUCCAUCUUUUGUAUGCAAUUAAAGAUAUCUCUUUGUCUAUUUAAAUUUCAACCAAUUGAGAAAUAUAUUAUGCAAUAAAAAUUCUUGUCAUAAGUUA